AUGCCAACAGGAACCGCAAAGGUAGCGACGGGCGCAAAUGGGGCCGAUGGGAGCCAUGAGGUACAGGUGGUGAAGCCCGCAUCUGCCGAAGAAGUCGAGGCAUUGCUUUGGACAAGGUUCCUCUUCUUCCUACUGCGUUUCUCCAGAAUCACACUGCAGGCCUUUGUGUUCCAGAACAAGCGCUGGCUGCCUGAUGACGCAGAGAAGGUGAGAUGA